AAGAGAAAAAAAAAACACACGCACGAAUUUCAGUGCAUGUUUUUUCUACCACACAAUAUUCUAAAUUUCGUGCAAUUGUUUUUACUAUUUUAGUGAAAUCAAAACCGACUAACAAUGGCAACAAAGGUAGCAGCCAAGAAAUUCAAAUGGGCGCUGGAUUUCAAUACCAAGCCUCGCAGCGGCGGUUCCGAUAUUGCCGCUCCGCCCGGUUAUAAUCCGUCGGCUGAUGUGAUCAGCAGCAAGGUGGUGAAUCAAACUGAUCAAAGUCACCUAAUCCUGAAAAAAUCGUGGGAGAUUGCCCUCGGACCCAUCAAACAAUUCCCGAUGAACCUGGUUAUCAUGUACAUGUCGGGCAAUUCGAUUAGUAUCUUCCCUAUCAUGAUGGUGGUGAUGAUGUUCAUCCGGCCGAUCAAGAUGAUGCUUUCGACGCAUUCCACAUUUAAAGUGAUUGAAGGUAUCUCUGCAACCGGCCAGAAGCUGGUAUUUCUGCUGGGCAACCUCGUCAACAUCGGUCUGGCUCUGUACAAGUGUCACAGCAUGGGCCUCCUUCCAACGCAUGCGUCCGAUUGGUUAGCAUUCGUCGAACCGCAGAAAAGAUUGGAAUACUCCGGCGGUGGCAUCUCGUUACUUUGAGCCGGAACCAGCAAUACACAACACGGAGAUGCAUUUUGGUAAACAGUUUGUAUUUAUUUUUCACUACCACAUAGAGGAUGGUGAGAGGAGGAAACAAUAAAAAGACGUAAAGCAUAUACAAAAUAGCAAA